AUGGAGCAAUUUAAAGGCCUUGCUAAAACCUUGUACAUUUGGUCGACAACAGAAAAUUUGGAAAAACAAGUUGAAGAAAUCAAAGCAGCUACCGGAGGAGAUGUUCAGGUUGAAAAUAUUAACCGCUUAUCGAUGGCAUCAUACGGCAAUGCCUCAUUUGAUUUAAUUAUUAUUGAAAAUGCCCAAUUGACCGAUGCAUUUGGAAAGUUAUUGAAUUUGUUGAAACCCAAAGGCAAGCUACAUUUGUUAACAUACGUGGGUAGUUCUGAAAGUAUUUUACAAGAAUUAAAGUUGUCGGGUUUUAUUGACUCAACAAAUGCCCAGAAUACGAUUACAUGUGAAAAGCCUGGCUAUGAAACUGGUUCGGCGGUGAAAUUAUCAUUUGCCAAAUCAAAACCAGCCGCAACAGCUGCAGUCUGGAAAAUUGACGGUGAUGAGGAAGAAGAUUUAAUUAAUGAAGAUGAUUUACUGGAUGAAGAAGAUAAAAAGAAACCAGAUCCUGAGUCAUUGAGAGUUUGUGGCACAACUGGCAAACGAAAAGCCUGCAAAGAUUGUUCAUGCGGCUUGGCCGAGGAAUUGGAGGCUGAAAAACAAAACAAAAAGGUGGAAACACAAAAUGCUAAAUCUAGUUGUGGCAGCUGUUAUUUGGGCGAUGCGUUCCGUUGUUCCACAUGCCCCUAUUUGGGCAUGCCCGCCUUUAAACCUGGUGAAAAAGUACAAUUGGCUGGAAAUCUUCUAAACUCUGAUCUAUAAUUAUUUU